AUGGGCCUCGGCGUCAGGCGGGACGCGUGUGAGGCUGCGGGGGGGUGGGGGGGGCAGGGCGCUGACGGGGCCCCGGGCCCAGGGCAGGUCCCGCUCCGCCAUCGGGCUCUGGAGGCUCGUUUCCCACGGCGGAGGAGGGCGCCCGGGACGCCCACGGACUCGUGCAGGGGGCCAGGAGGGCCCGGCCGCGCCUCGUCUCUGGGGGCAGCCUGCCUCGGGCGGGUGUUCUCGGGGCCCCCCACGCUGGCCUCGGUCUCCCCCAGGCCUGCCGCCGUGCCUCCCGGCUGUGCCCCUGCUGCCCCCGGGCCUGUGCCCCGCACGCGCUGCCACCCCUCGGCCACAAAGGGGCGCUGCGGAGCCCGCCCAACGCGCAGCCCUUCAGCCCGGCCCCCGUGCGACCCCGUCAGCGCCGGGACUCGCUCACCUGAGCCGGCGGGGUCCGCUCGGAACCUGGACCCGGCCCGGCGUCGGCAGAAGGCCCGGCCUGCUUUCCCGGGCGCACUGAGGCCGAGCCGCCGCGAGAGCUGGGGCGCGACACCGCGCGGAGGCUUCGGCGGAAGAGGCGUGGCGCCCCUGGCGCUCGCGGACACCCCCGCAGGGGCGCCCACCCCUCUGCCCCUGACCCCCGCGAGCCUCAGGGGCCCCCACCUGCCCACGCGGAGCUCCGGCCCCUGCAGCUCCGGCCCUGCGCCCCUCGGCCCCUCGCGCCACCCCAGCGGACCCCUCACGGGAUCCCCGCCGCCGCCCGCCUCGCUCGGGGACCUGGUGCGCGACUGGCACCGCGGCGCGCAGGCUGUGGCGCGUGGGGACUGGGGCUGCGCCCUGCGCUUCUUCUCGGACAUGGGGAGGUGCUUCAACAUGGGCUGCGUGCACCUGCUGGCUGGGCACUCGGAGGCCGCACUGCAGGCAUUUGACCAAGCAGUGACAAAGGACACCUGCAUGGCUGUCGGCUUCUUUCAGCAGGGAGUGGCCAACUUCCAGCUGGACAGGUGCUGUUCAACGUGGCAGCAGUGCAGUGCCAGCUGGGGCUCUGGGCCGAGGCCACCCACAGCCUCUAGGAAGCCAUCUCCAUGGGGCCAGAAGGGGCCCACAACUGCCUGGAUGCUGCCCAGGACCACGUGCCGGUGGUGGCCUCUGCUGUCCCUGAUGACCAGUACGAGGGGGCCCGACCUCAGCAGUCCCAGAUACUCAGCAUGGAACAAAUCGCCAGACAGGUCCCUCCAGGGCUGCUGGCAGCUGAGGACCCCGUGGGGGCUGGGUUACAGAGACCCUGGUGACAAUGGACGCUGGGUGCCCCUCUCUGGGGAGGAGCCACUGCAGAGGGCCUGGUGGGACUCGGCAGCUGAACCCGAGGGGCUGUGGCUACCGUGUUGGGGAGUGGCCGGCCGGCCUGUCCUCUACCAGGUGGUGGCCCAGCACAGCUAUUCAGCCUAGGAGCCCGAGGACCUGGCCUUGAGGCGGGGGGACAUCGUGGACGUCCUAUGUGAAGUGGACCAGGCAUGGCUGGAGGGCCACCUGGACAGCCACGUCGGCAUUUUCCCCAAGUGCUCCGUGGUCCCAGCCAGCCAGCGUGUGUGAGGAGCCCCCACCUGGGGCCCGGAGAGGCAUGCAGAGCCUGGACACUGCCCCUCAGGCCCAUGA